AACAGAAUAGCACAGGUAUGGAUGUAAAUGAUCAGAUAUUUUAUUUCAUUAAUUUUUGUCCCUGCCUCCCUCACAUUUUUACACAACUUCGUGUGUGUAUAUUUUUUACAUUUUAAUCCAAUUUUAAUUUUGAAAGUUAAAAUUAGUGCCAGUCUUUAGGUAGCGUCGUACCUAAAGAUAAAACCGCUCGCUUUCUCAUCUGCAAAAGAGGAACAAAAUUUAACUCAAUUUCCCAGAACACAGCGCGAAUAUGUAAAUUAUGCAGGUGUUCUGGAGAUGUGCGCGCCAAAUUAGCCGUGCGCACGCGCUAAAAUUGGUGAACCUUUUUAUUCUGCUUGCAGGAACGGAGCAGAGCCCUCGCGCAAAUUAGCCGGGGGAGGAGGGGAGGAGGGACCACAACAAUACUCCGCGGUUAUUGGAAAAUUGUAUUUCCUUGUGGACGGAGGCCGAGCAGCUGCUCGUUUUUUGGUCGGAGAUAUGGCGUUGACUCUGCAAAGCGAGGGGUCCGUGUCUGAGGAGGCUGGUGGACUGUCCGAGAAAGUGGAGGGGAAAGUAGCGGCAGCAGCCACGCUGGAAACGCCUGGUUGCUCCGGGACAGGUGCUCUUUACGAACAGGGAAGCCGCUCUGAAUCCAGCUGUGAAGGUAACGAAGAGAUGGAGGAUGAGGAAGAGAUGAUGGAGGAAGGGACUGCAGGAAGUGGAGCCUCAGCCCUCUUCGGAGGAUUUGGGACGGAGGAGGGCGAAAUGGAUUGCGACGAUGAGGACGAGCGCAUGAUUAAUCUUUCUGAACUGGUACCAUAUAUCAUGUGUUCCAUCUGCAAGGGAUAUUUCAUAGAUGCCACAACCAUCACAGAAUGUCUUCACACAUUUUGUAAAAGCUGCAUAGUAAGACAUUUUUACUAUAGUAACAGAUGUCCAAAAUGCAACAUUGUAGUACAUCAGACACAGCCGCUUUAUAAUAUCAGGCUGGAUCGACAAUUGCAAGACAUAGUAUAUAAAUUAGUUGUCAACUUGGAAGAAAGAGAAAAAAAGAGAAUGCACGAUUUCUACAGGGAAAGAGGUUUAGAAAUACCCAAACUUGCUGCACCCCAACCAAUGGCAGUGGGCAGGGGAAGACCCCGUAAGGUUGUAGGAUCUGUAUUCCGACUUCCUCCAGAGCUUGACAUGUCACUUCUUCUGGAAUUUAUUGGAGCAAAUGAUCUCUCUGGGAAUUUUAAGCCACUGGAAAAGAAGUUUGUACGUGUUUCAGGAGAGGCAACAAUUGGACAUGUGGAAAAAUUCCUCAGAAGAAAGAUGGAUCUUGAUCCUGGCUGUCAGGUUGACAUAAUAUGUGGUGAUCACCUGCUGGAACACUAUCAAACUCUAAGGGAAAUCCAAAAUGCCCUAGGGAAGAGUGCAGUGCAGGAUGGGUUGCUUAUACUUCACUAUGGACUGAUUCUUAGUGGAGAUUCCACAUUUUCAAAAAUCUCUUAAAUUUUCAGAAGAUGUUUGAAAGAACAAAACCUCAUAUGAGAACUACAGCAAAAAAAAAAGCCAUUUCAUUUAAAUGAAUUUAAAGAGAUGCACUGUUUUUGCUCUGCAUAAUAAUUAAGGAAACAAUUUAAAGCAGUGAGAAAAACUAACACUAUACCAGUAAGUAAGCUAUAAAUACUUCAGUGGUCUUGUAUCAUCAGCGCCUAGCUCAGGGAAGAACAAACAUAUCAACAUAACAAAAUUCAUUCUAAAUAUGUAGGUCUUGCAGCAUUCAUGACUAAUCCAUGGAUGGUGUUGUAUUUGAGAUUACAGUUUAUCCGAAAGUCUUUAAGUAUAUUUGCAGUACUGUUCUCAGGGAUGAUCUCUUGGACCACAAUGUCUUAUUGGGAAAACCAUGCAUUUAUUCAUAGGGACAUUUGAAUUCUAUUUUAGUUGUCAGUUUAGAAAUAAAAUGAUUUAGAUUUUUCCCUACAGAUAAAAUGGGGCUAAUCACCCUUUAAAAAUUGCAAGCAUUUAUAUCUCAUGCCUUAUAUGAAAAAUAUUGAAAUACAUAAUAUACCAAAUAUUAGAACAGGAAAAGAAAUAAAUCUAUGUUACCUAUAGAGCAUCACUGGUUGAAUAACAAUGUAAAUGUAAAAGUAGAUGAGGCAAUGAAUUGGGCUGCAUUGGAACAUGUAUUCCCCCUGUUGUUUAUACCUCCAAUGUCAGUGGGAAAAUAAAUGGACCAUAUGCUUUCCAAAUGUUUAAAACAGUAUACUUGUUCUCUAGGUAAUAAAAGUGCACUUGAAUAAUAAAUUGGGAGCUGGCUGAAUGGUAGCUAUAAAACAGAGCCAGAAUAAUGGUCUUAUUGAAAAAUAAGAAUUUGAUUAGCUUAUAGCUAAAAAUAUUAAAAUUAUAAAAAAAAUGCAUCAGAUAUCAGAAAUAAGCAAUAGACGCACUCAGCACAACAAGGGUAUGAUAGUAUUAUUGAAAAGCAGUGAAAAUUGUUAACAAUUAUUUUGACUCUAUUUGGCAUGGGAUUACAUUGCCUGACUUUAAAAAAAAAAAAUUAAAAA